AUGCGUUUGGAGUUUCUUUUCGUUCGCUAUCAAAUACGCAUUUUGACCAGCAUACCACCACUACUCAUCGCUAAAGGUACACUUUCGGCGACAACUUGGGAUGGCUGGAUGGAAAAGGAACAACUGAACAGUGAUGAGGAUCCCCUUGUCAUGGACCCUAACAUCAUCGAAGCAGCAGUAGCCGAUCAACUUCAACUACUUGAUGGGCCCCGACUUACUCUCAUGGAUCUUCGCGCCGCUUCUGUAGAAGAAGACAGAGUGAACUUGGCAAGCUUUCAAGGGUCUGUGUUCUAA